AUGUUACCCACCCCGCCCCCGCGGAGCCUGGCUGCCUACACUUGGAGGAGCCCCAAGGCUGCCUCCAGCGUCCAGGCGUCCAAGCUCGGCUCGUCCGGGCUCCGCUCCACCGGCUCCCUGCGCGCCCUGCCCAGCCCGACGCGACGCGAUGCGCUGCGGCCCGCAGCCCGCGCCCAGGGCCCCUGUCCUGGCCCUGGCCCUGACCCUGGCCGUAACCUUGGCUCUGCUGGCUCGACUGGACUCCGCAUCCGCAGCCGCCCUCGGGGCCAGGAGGACAAGAGGCGCCUUUCAGUACUGCCAGCCCGGGCAGCCCGCGGAGGGGGCACGCCAGGUGGGCGAUGCCUCUGGAGGAGCGGGUGUGCGGCACAGAGGAAGUGUACAGGCUGCGUCUCGGAACUGGGCGCCAGCGGGGGCGCCUCCUUCCUCCUCUUCCAAGCCCGCUGCCUAGCAGACCUGGGCUGGGUGGCCCCUGGGGAGAAACAAGUCCCAGCCCCUCUUCUGAUCACUAACGAGUGGUUAAACGAGUGGUUAAGGAACCACACUCGUCUCAGUUCCGGAGGCUGUGAUGAAGGAGCACGGUGGCAUGGCUCACCCACGUUCUGGACAGUGCCCAUCCUGUUGGCUAUUUCUUCCUCCUGCUCAGCCACUGCCCACGCCUGGCGGGUUCCUAGCCUGUCGAAGCACCAGCCCUGCAUGGUCUGGGCCCCAUCUGGGAGCCAGGCCUCCACCUACUCAUGCUACAUCCUGUCCAGAGAAUGUCAAGAUCCCACAGGCACUUUCUUGGGGGCUGAGAAAGAACAGAGAAAGACCUUUGGGGAGCUGGAAGACAUCUCACUGGCAGUUAAAGAAGCAGAGGCCACCCUCCAGCCCUUCCAGACUCCCACGGCCCAUAGCUCCUGCUUCCAAGGGGAGCCCCCAGAGGAGCGGAAGGGAAAAGUGUGUUUCAUCCUGGCAGGGACCCAGCUCAUAGAAGCGGCCUUCCCAUUCACAGCUGAGGCCAGACAGGCCCUCAGCCUCACGCUCCCUGCUGCGCCAAGCCACGCAUUCUGGCUCACAGUGCCCUCUGCCUUCUCCACCACAGCCUCUUUCUUCGGAGAGAACCAUCUGGAGGUGCCAGUGACUGCGGCUUUGACCCAAGUACACCUUCAGCUGGAGUUCUCCACUGCCCAGCCCGAAGCCCUGCUUCUUCUGGCUGCAGGCCCCACUGACUACCUGCUCCUGCAGCUCAUCUCUGGACGCCUACAGGUCAGACUUGUCCUGGGCCAAGAAGAAGUGAUGCUCCAGACACCAGCAGAGACGGCUCUGGCAGAUUCAGCCCUUCACAGUGUAGAGCUGGCCCUGUCUGACAGCUGGGCUGUGCUGUCCGUCGAUGGGGUCCUGAACACCUCCGCCCCGAUCCCCACAGCCUCCUUAGAGGUUCCCUAUGGACUCUUUGUGGGGGGCACAGGGAGCCUGGAAUUAUCCUACCUGAGGGCAGCUAGCCGACCCUUGCGAGGCUGCAUCCACACGGCCACCCUCAACGGGCGUGGCCUUCUCCGGCCAUUGAGCUCGGGUGUGCUGGAAGGCUGCGCCGAAGAGUUUUCUGCCGGGGAUGAUGUGGCCCUGGGCUUCUCGGGACCUCACUCGCUGGCUGCCUUCCCUGCCUGGGGCACCCAGGACAAAGGUGCCCUGGAGUUCACGCUCGUCACACGCAGCCAGCAGGCACCCCUGGCCUUCCAGGCUGGUGGCCAGCAGGGGGAUUUCAUCUACGUGGACGUGUUUGAGGGCCACCUGCGGGCUGUGGUGGAAAAGGGCCAGGGCACCGUGCUGCUGCACAAUAGCGUGCCCGUGGCCGACGGGCAGCCCCACGAGGUCAGCAUCCACGUGGACACGCACAAGCUGGAAAUCUCAGUGGACCAGUACCCCACACGCACAUCCAACCGCGGCAUUCCCAGCUCCUUGGAGCCCCGUGGCAGCCUCCUCCUGGGUGGGCUGGAUGCAGAGGCCACGCGCCACCUUCAAGAGCACCGUCUAGGCCUGGCCCCCGAGGCCCUGCACCUCUCCCUGCUGGGCUGUGUGGAGGACCUGAGCGUCAAUGGCCAGAGUCUGGGGCUUCGGGAAGCUGUGCUGACCCGGAACAUGGCUGCAGGCUGCAGGAUGGAGGAGGAGGAGUAUGAGGACGCCUACGGCCCUUACGAAGCUUUCUCCACCCUAGCACCCGAAGACAGUUGGGAGGUCAUGCAGCUGCCUGAGCCCUGCACGCCUGAGCCAGGCCUGCCUCCCGUCUUCGCCAACUUCACCCAGCUACUGACCAUCAGCCCGCUGGUGGUGGCCGAGGGUGGCACGGCCUGGCUCGAGCUGCGCCAUGUGCUGCCCACUCUGGACCUGAGCAAGGCGGAGCUGCGCAAAUCCCAGGUGCUGUUCAGUGUGAGCCGUGGGGCACGACACGGAGAGCUCGAACUGGAUAUCCCCGGUGCCCAGGCACGGAAAAUGUUCACCCUCCUGGACGUGGUGAACCGCAAGGCCCGUUUCAUCCACGACGGCUCUGAGGACACCCGCGACCAGCUGGUGCUGGAGGUGUCCGUGACCGCCCGGGGGCCCGUGCCAUCCUGCCUGCGAAAGGGCCAGACGUACCUGCUGCCCAUCGAGGUCAGCCCAGUCAACGACCCGCCACGCAUUGUCUUCCCCAAUGGCAACCUCAUGGUCAUCCUGGAGCACACCCACAAGCCGCUGGGGCCUGAGAUCUUCCAGGCUUAUGACCCAGACUCAGCCUGCGAGGACCUCACCUUCCAGAUCCUGGGCGCUCCAGCCAGCCUCUCUGUGGAGCGCCUUGACCAGCCCGGGGAGCCGGUGGCUGAGUUCUCCUGCCCCGAGCUGCAGGCCAGCAACCUGGUAUACAUCCACCGCGACGGGCCUGCCCUGGACCUUACGUUCCGAGCCAGCGAUGGGCUGCAGGCCAGCCCCCCGGCCACUCUGAAGGUGGUGGCCGUGCGCCCAGCCAUCCAGGUGCUGGAGAACACGGGGCUGCAGCUGGCACAGGGCUCGGUGGCCCUCAUACUGCCCGCCAACCUGUCGGUGGAGACCAACGCCGUGGGGCAGAACGUGAGCGUGCUGUACCGGCUCACCGGGGCACCGAGGUUUGGGGAGCUGCAGAAGCAGGGGGCUGGCGGUGCCGAGGGCACAGAGUGGCGGCCAGUUCAGGCCUUCCACCAGCGGGACAUGGAGCAGGGCCGCGUGCGGUACCAGAGCACUGACCCACGGCACCACGCGGAGGACACAGUGGACAAGCUGGACUUGGAGGUGCAGGUGGGCCAGGAGGUGCUGAGCAACCUGACUUUCACUGUGCAGGUGCAGAGGGCCACGGUGAAGCUGCUGAGGCUGGAGCCGAUGCUCGCGCGGAGCACCAGGCCGGAGCCUCUCACGACAGCGCACCUGGAGGCCACCCUGGAGGGAGAGGGUGAGGGAGAGGGACCCUCUCCCAGCGCUUUCCAGUUCCAGGUGGUGCAGGCCCCUAGAAAAGGCAACCUGCGGCUGCAGGGCGCGAGACUGUCGGAGGGCCAGGGCUUCAGCCAGGAGGACUUGCUGGCCGGCCGGGUGACCUACGGGGCCACGGUGCGCGGGUCCGAGGCGGCCGAGGACACGUUCCGCUUUCGCGUCACGGCACAGCCGAGCCACUUCUCGCCACUCUACACCUUCCGUGUCCACAUCGGGGGCGACCCCGACGCCCCUGUGCUCACCAACGUCCUGCUGGCCGUGCCCGAGGGCGGCCAGGCUGUGCUCUCUGCUGACCACCUCUUCGUGCGGAGCCUCAACAGCGCCAGCUACGGCUACGAGGUGAUGGAGAGGCCGCGCCAUGGACGGCUGGUGUGGCGCAGGGCGCAGGACACCGCCGCCACGGUCAGCGCCUUCUCCAACGAGGACCUGCUGCACGGCCGGCUGCUGUACGUGCACGACGGCUCCGAGACCACGGAGGACGACAUCCCGUUCGUGGCCACCCGCCAGGGCGAGGGCAGCGGCGGCCUGGCCUGGGAGGAGGUGCGGGGCGUGGUGCGCGUGGCCGUGCAGCCGGUCAACAACCACGCGCCGGUGCGGACGGUCAGCCGCGUCUUCCACGUGGCCAGGGGCGGCCAGCGGCUGCUCACCACCGACGACGUGGCCUUCAGCGACGCCGACUCGGGCUUCACAGACGCCCAGCUGGUGCUGACCCGCAAGGACCUCUUGUUCGGCAGCAUCGUGGCGGCUGACCAGCCCUCGCGGCCCAUCUACCGCUUCACGCAGGACGACCUGCGGCAGCACCGGGUCCUGUUUGUGCAUUCGGGCGCGGACCGCGGCUGGAUCCAGCUGCAAGUGUCUGAUGGGCAGCACCAGGCCACGACGCUGCUGGAAGUGCAGGCCUCGGAGCCCUACCUGAGGGUGGCCAAUGGCUCUGGCCUCGUGGUGCCUCAAGGAGGCCAGGGCAUCAUUAACACAGCAGUGCUGCCGCUGGACACCAACCUGGACAUCCGCAGUGGAGAUAACAUCCACUACCAGCUCAGAGCAAGCCCGCACUGGGGCCAGCUGCUCCGGGAAGGCCAGCCCACCGUGGCCUUCACUCAACAGGACCUGGAGGAUGGGACCAUUGUGUACAGCCACAACGGCAGCCUGAGCGCCCGGGACAACCUGGCCUUCUCCGUGGAGGCAGGACCAAUGCACACAGAAGCUAGCCUGCAGGUGACCAUCACCCCGGAGGGGCCAGUGGCUCCGCCGCGCCUAGUGCAGCACAAGAAAAUCUACGUCUUCCAAGGGGAGGCAGCAGAAAUCAGAAGGGACCAGCUGGAGGUCACCCAGGAGGCCGUGGAGCCCGCAGACAUUAUGUUCACGGUGAGGAGUCCCCCGCACGCUGGCUCGCUGGUGCUGCUGUCCCAUGGGCCCUCUGUGGCUGGGCCACCCAGCCUGGAACCUGUGCACAGCUUCUCGCAGGAGGCAGUGGAUGAAGGCCGGGUCCUGUACCUGCACUCGGGCCCUGAGGCCUGGAGUGACUCCUUCUCCCUGGAAGUGGCCUCGGGCCUGGGGCCGUCCCUGCAAGGGGUCCAAGUGGAGAUCGAGGUGUUACCGGCCCACAUCCCUCUGGAGGCACAGAACUUCAGCGUCCCUGAGGGUGGCACCCACACCCUGGCUCCCCCGCUGCUCCGGGUAGCCGGACCCUACUUCCCCACGAUGCCAGGACUAGAGCUGCAAGUGCUGGAGGCACCUCAGCAUGGAGUCCUGCGAAGAGAGGAAGGGCCUGCACAUGGAUCUCUCAGCACCUUCUCCUGGGAAGAGGUGGAGCAACAACUGAUCCGAUAUGUGCACGAUGGCAGUGAGACCUUGGCAGACAGCUUCGUCCUCAUAGCCAAUGCCUCGGAAAUGGACCGUCAGAGUCACCCGGUCACCGUCGCCAUCACCAUCCUCCCCGUCAAUGACCAGCCCCCCAUCCUCAUCGCAAACACAGGUCUGCAGGUGUGGGAAGGGGCCACUGUGCCCAUACCCCCAGAAGCCCUUCAGGCCACAGACAAGGACUCUGGCCCCGAGGAUCUGGUGUACACUGUGGAACAGGUCAGCAACGGGCAGGUGGCACUGCGCUCAGAGCCCGGCACGGCAGUGGGCAGCUUCACGCAGGCACAGCUGGACAGCGGGCUGGUGCUGUUCUCACACAGAGGAUCCCUGAAAGGAGGCUUCCACUUCAGCCUCUCAGAUGGCGAGCACAUGACCCCAGGACAUGUCUUCCAUGUGGUGGCCCAGAAGCACUUGGUCCUCUCACUGGACGGCAGCCAGAUGCUAAGUGUGUGCCCAGGGUCCAUCCAGCGGCUCAGCAGCCAGAUCCUGAAAGCCAGCUCCAGCACCAACACCGAUGCCCACCUGCUCCUCUACCAUGUGCUACGGGGGCCCCAGCUGGGCCGGCUGCUUCAUGCCCAGCAAGCUAGCACCAGGGAGUCCCUGGUGAACUUCACACAGGCCGAGGUGUCCGCUGGACAUAUCCUGUAUGAGCACGUGAUGCCCUCUGAGCCCUUCUGGGAAGUCCAUGACAGCCUGGAGCUGCGGCUGUCCUCGCCGCCUGCCCCAGACCUGGACGCCACCCUCACCGUGACCGUGUCCUUUGAGGUUGCCUGUCCCCAGCGCCCCAGCCGCCUCUGGAAGAACAAAGGUCUCUGGGUCCCCGAAGGCCAGCGGGCUGAGAUCACCGUGGCCGUGCUGGAUGCCUCCAACUUCCUGGGCAGCGUGCCGGCCCUCCAGCGCCCGGAGCACGACGUCCUCUUCCAGGUCACUCAGUUCCCCAUUCGAGGGCAGCUGCUGGUGUCUGGGGAGCCGCUCCACGCCGGGCGGCCCCACUUUCUGCAGUCUGACCUGGCCUCGGGGCAGCUGGGGUACGUCCACGGCGGCAGUGGCACCCAGCAGGACGGCUUCCGAUUCCGUGCCCACCUGCAAGGCCCCGCGGGGACCCCCGUGGCCGGCCCCCAAACCUCCGAAACCUUCGCCAUCACGGUGCGGGAUGUCAACGAGAGGCCGCCCCGGCCGCAGGUGUCCACGCCGCUGCGGCUCACUCGAGGCUCCCGCGCCCCCAUCUCCAGGGCGCAGCUGAGCGUGGUGGACCCCGACUCGACGCCCGCGGAGAUCCAGUACGAGGUGCGGCGGGCGCCCCACCACGGCUUCCUGAGCCUGGCCGGGGCCGGGCCGGGGCCCGUGCGGCGCUUCUCGCAGGCCGACGUGGACGCGGGCCGGCUGGCCUUCACGGCCAACGGCAGCAGCGUGGACGGCGUCUUCCAGCUGAGCGUGUCCGACGGCGCCAGCCCGCCGCUGCCCGUGAGCCUGGCCGUGGACGUCCUGCCCUCCAGCAUCGAGGUGCAGCAGCGCGCUGCCCUGCAGGUGCCCCAGGCCCUCGGCCGCUGCCCGCUGAGCCGCCAGCACCUGCGAGUGGUGUCCGAUCGGGAGGAGCCCGACGCCCUGUACCGCCUGGCGCAGGGGCCCCGCUUCGGGCACCUGCUGGUGGGUGGACAGCCGGCCCCCGCCUUCAGCCAGCUGCAGGUGGACCGGGGCGAGGUGGUCUUCGUCUUCACCAACUUCUCCUCCCCUCGAGACCAUUUCCAAGUGCAGGCCCUGGCCAGGGGCGCCAACGCCUCAGCCACGGUGAAUGUCACGGUCACGGCUUUGCUCAAUGUGGGUGCUAGGGGCCCGUGGCCCCAGGGAGCCACGCUGCUCCUGGACCCCACCAUCCUGGACGCGGGCGAGCUGGCCAACCGCACGGGCAGUGUGCCCACCUUCCGGCUGCUAGCGGGUCCCCACCAGGGCCGCCUGGUCCGUGUGCCCCGGACCAGGACAGAGCCUCGAGGGAACGAGCUGGUGGAGCACUUUACGCAGCAGGACCUGGAGGACGGGCGGCUGGGGCUGGAGGUGGGCAGGCCCGAGGGCACGGCGCCCAGUCCCAGCCACGACAGCCUCACUCUGGAGCUGUGGGCCCAGGGGGUCCCGCCCGCCGUGGCCUCACUGCCCUUUGCCACGGAGCCUUACAAUGCUGCCCGGCCUUACCAAGUGGCCCUGCUCAGCCUCCCCGAGUCAGCCCGGACAAAAGUGGAGACACCCAAGAGUGGCAGCCCCCCCACGGGUGAGCCGGUCCCUGCCGCCUCCAGCCCAGUGCCCACGGCGGCCAGGGCUGGCUUCCUGGGCUUCCUGGAGGCCAACAUGUUCAGCAUCAUCAUCCCGGUAUGCCUGGUUCUCCUACUCCUGGCGCUCAUCCUGCCCCUGCUCUUCUACCUCCGCAAACGCAACAAGACAGGCAAGCACGACGUCCAGGUGCUGGCCACCAAGCCCCGCAACGGCCUGGCCAGCGACACCGAGACUUUCCGAAAGGUGGAGCCAGGUCAGGCCAUCCCCCUCACAGCUGUGCCGGGCCAGGGCUCCCCGCAGGGGGGCCAGCCUGACCCAGAACUGCUGCAGUUCUGCCGGACACCCAACCCUGCCCUCAAGAACGGCCAGUACUGGGUGUGAGGCCUGGGCCCAGAUGUUAACAGGGCCAGAGACAGACCAGCUCAGGCCCCGGCCCAGUGAGUCCUCGGCCUGGUGCUGCCUGAGUCCCCCCCCAGAGUAAGUCCAAGCUGGAUACAGCAAUAAAGAUGCUGGGGGCAGCCCCAGAGCUCAGGGCGGAAUGAAGUGGGGGGGGGGCCCUGCCCAUCCAGGACCUGGAUAGGCCAAGUCAGUGCCCCCCCUGGAGCACACCUGGGCUGUCUGCUCCAGGGCCACCUCCUAACCAGGUCAGGUCUCUGGGGUCUG